GAUAAACUGGUCCCAAUAUAAAUAGGACAGUAGGUUAGCGAAGAGCAUCAUAAUAAUAUUUUAACCUUAAAUCAAUAACGUUGGUCCUCGAAAAUUUGGAAAAAUGGUAGCUAAGAGCAUAUUUGUUGUAUUCUGUCUACAGUUGGUGCUUAUGAAGUAUACUCUGGGCCAAUGUAUUCCCAGAGUCGCAAUACCAGAACCAUGCGGUCCAGUGUUCGGUGUGCCAAGCGCAUUUACCAGCGAGCUGGCGAUGCAAAUGCCGUGGCUCCCAGCCCCGAGCUUCUCAGUGAGCUCAGAUGACUUGGCAGUGGCUGGCAUGGUGACUGUAUGCGGGUCUAUGCCAUUCCUUGGCACUGUGAGCAUGGCAGGGGAACUCCCGGCCGCCGGACAAGGGACUGUUUUGUACAACUGUGGCAACGGGGACGUUGGCAUUGUACGUGAAGUGCCAUUCUCUGGCAUGGUCGCUCCGAUGGGCUCUGUGUUUUGCUGAACCAUUUAGCUGUUAGGUUAUUUAUAAUUAUUGUUUAAUAAAAUUGAGUUGAAA